CCUUUCUAUAUCUCUCAUAUUAGUCAACUGAAAUGGCUCUUCUCUAUCCUUUCCCCUUCUCCGUUCCUCACCAUAAAUGCGGGGCGGCGUAUCCGUGGUUCCUUCCAAUAAGUUUAUUUGUAUUCUACUCUGUCUAUCUUCCUCUUCCCCUCCAUUAGAAUUCUCUUCAAUGCUUUGACUUUUCGUAAAGCUAGUCCCAAGUGGAACGAAGAACAGUAGUGAUUCAAGAAAAAGAAAGGAUUAAAUCGGAACGGAAAUGCUCGAGACGGUGAGGUACCUGAUCGGUUCCGUCGGGGACAGCGGUUUCGGCUCCAAAUCGACCGGCGAGGAGGUCACCGCCGCGGCCCCUGACCUGCGCUCCAUCACCGCCAUCAUCACCGGAGCGACAUCGGGGAUCGGGACGGAGACGGCGCGGGUGCUGGCGAUGCGGGGGGCGAGGCUGGUGCUGCCGACGCGGAGCCUGAAGACGGCGGACGAAGUGAAGGCCCGGAUCGUGGCGGAGAUCCCCGACGCCGAGGUCAUCUUGCUUCCCCUCGACCUCAGUUCCCUCUCCUCCGUCCGAUGCUUCGUCUCUCUCUUCCUCGCCCUCCAUCUCCCCCUCAACCUACUCAUAAACAACGCCGGCAGGAUGGUCUACGAGCACGCCGUCUCCGAGGACGGCGUCGAGAUGACCUUCGCCACCAACUACUUAGGUCACUUCUUGCUUACCAAGCUGCUCUUGAAUAAGAUGGCGGAAACGGCGAGGGAGACGGGCAUCCAGGGCCGCAUCGUCAACGUCUCCUCCCACGUCCACAGUUGGUUCUCCGGCGACUGCCUCUCUUAUCUCGACCGGAUAACCCGCAAGCAGAUACCGUACGAUGCGACGCAAGCCUACGCACUGUCGAAGCUGGCAAACAUCCUCCACACAAAAGAGUUGGCUGAGAGACUCAAGCAAAUGGACGCCAAUGUGACGGCCAACUGCGUCCACCCGGGGGUGGUCCGCACCCGACUCAACCGCGACCGCGAAGGCUUCGUCACAGAUCUGGCUUUCUUCCUGGUCACCAAACUGGUCAAAACCAUGCCCCAGGCGGCCGCGACGGCGUGCUACGUGGCGACACACCCGCGGCUGGUCGGCAUCUCGGGGAGGUACUUCGCCGACUGCAACGAGGCCUUGCCGUCGCCGUUAGCUUCCAGGCCGCACGAGGCGGCGCAGCUGUGGCGCGCCUCCGAGUCUAUGACGGCUACCGAUCUAGACCGGACCGCGUCCGGGCUCGAACCCCAGCUCGCAUCGGACCGGCCGGACGACGAGAAGUGACCAUGGGAAAUUUGUUUUCGUAUGUGACUUAACGUAGUAGUGUACACGAGGCAUAGAUGGGGGAGGACAGACAAAGGAGUAGGAUACAAAAGGUGGUACCGCGGACCAGCAGCAACAGUUUAAGAAGGUUUAGAGCGAUCAAAGGACGAGCAGGCGACCGUACGUCCGGCGCCGUUUUUGAUAGGACAGUCAUCUCUUUUGCAUUAUGGUGCUAAUGUCGCAUGCAUAAAUAUACACAUGACCGCGGGAUAAGUAUAAACUACAUAAGAUUAGUGGUGCGUCGUGACUCGAACAACUUAACUCGGUUGAUCUCCAUGAUGUAUGUCUGCAGCAUUGGAUAGAGAUGCAUGUUCCUUUAAGGAUUAGCUUUU